CUAGAAGUUGAUGUCUUCUGGUCAUUCAAGUUAUGUAAUAGUGCAUUAGUAUUCAUUUCGACUGUUGCAUUAACCCACUGGAGACUGGUGCUUGCUCAUGGACUAAAAUUCGGGCAUUGGGUAUACUCAAGUGGCGACUCUCCCGGGCGUAUGGCUUGUAGGCCUGGCCCUCAGGAACACUCAUGGGAGGAAUGAAGGCCCAUUACUUUGCCUCUUUGCAGUGCUAUUAAGAUAUUAUUUUCUACAUACACGUUUCUAGCUGGGAUUGCAGUCACUGAUGGAAAAUUAGACUUGGCCCAGCAGCCUACUCGACACACACCAUAGUUCAAGACAAAACUACUUAAGAAUUAAAAUGCAGAGAAGAACUUUUGAAACUAUGAUGCUCAGCAAAAAUAUCCUAUUUAGGAGUCUUGCUUGGCAAAGAUAUCAAGCUAUAAGAACACUUUACUAUUCAACCAGUGUGAUGCAGAACCACUAUGAACUUCUUGGUAUAAAAAGAGAGAGUAGCCCAGAAGAAAUAAGGGAGUCAUUCAUUCGUCUGUCAAAGGAGUAUCAUCCAGAUACAAACCCAGAUUCUACUGAACUCCACACAAAAUUUGUUGCUGUGAAUGAAGCUUACUCCAUUCUCAGUAAGCCUCACUUACGCCAGGUUUAUGAUGCAGAGUUGGCAGACAAAGAAAGACAAAACAUGUACAACUAUGGUGGUAUCAAAACUAAUGCACCACAAGAAAGAGUGAUAUUCCAUGAUGAUUCCCUCUGGGAGAUGCGUGAUCGGAGUGAAGAUAAAAAGUAUGAGCAUCACCCAUAUUAUGGCAUUCGAGGCGUGAAGAAGCUUCCGAAUUCCUACAUUGCUGCUGGAGCUGUGGUGUUCAUGAUUGUUGGUGCUAUCUUUCACUUCUUUCUUGCCAAAAAAUCCUCCGACUUUGCUAUUGAACAACUGAAUCGCCGAGACCAGAUAGCCAGCAAAAACCACAUGAUGGCAAGGGAACAGGCAAAGCUCAAUGGCAAUGAACUCCAGUUAACUCUCCUACGGCAGAGAAUAGAAAAUGCAAACAAUAGUAAAGAAGAUGUAAAGCAAAAAAGUUAGGAAAUUGAUGAUUUUAUUGCUGUAUGCUAUAACAUGCAUGUAGAUUUGUAUAUUAAUUUUUUAGUCAACAUUGCUAACGUGUUUGCUUCUCCUCUGUGUUUGUUUGUUUUUAGCCUGAAAAUUUCUAGUCAGAAAAUUAGCUGGAAGAUAUAUUCAUAUCUGUGAAAAAAUAUACAGUUUUGCAAACUUUUGUGAAAAUCUGAAAAUUAACUGAUACUUACAUUUUGUUAUGGAGACCCUGAGGGGUAGACUGUUUCUUUUUCCCACUUAUUUCAGGCUCACCAUGGCCAAUAAGGAAGAUUAUUCACCCUUAUGAAGGGCAUUAAGGCUUGCUUAUUUAAAUUUGAUUUCUCUGGUUUCCUAACCUUUGCCUCUCAUUUGACCACAGCUCUGACCACUGAUACUAAUACCCUCUCCUUGAUGUUUGCUGUCAACUCUAUCCAUUCUGAAUUGUCCACCUAGGUUAAUACUCAACCUUCAGAAUACACCCCUUCCUCUCUCCCAACAUCCUCCACUCCAUCCCCUACUGCACAGUUUUCUUCAUUGUCUAUCCCCUCCCCCCUUAUUACUACUCUUCACUCUUAUUGUCCUCGUCCCCACAGUACUACCUCUCUCCAUACUACCUCAAUCUUCCUCAUGCCCUCAUCCUCCACCUGCUUCCACCUCUGAAAACCUUUUAACUCUUUUUAGCCUAGCCAAGUGGGAUCAGUUCUUUGUGAUUCCCCCUACAGCCCCUUAAUCUGACAAUAUUGUCUUCUUCCAACAAUGUCUCUUAAAACAAGUAGGCAAAGCUUUCUUUUACAGCCAUUCAGAUUGUUCACACCUUGUCACAGUUACAUCUGAGUCCCAAGCUCAUGUACUACCUACCCUGAGUGACUUCACUAGCAAACCUAUUCCAGCCCAACCUCCCUCUUCCCUUAAUACUUGUAUAAAACCAGAUACUCCAAUCUCUACCACUUCCCUGAUGCCUACCCUUUCUCCUCCUCACUCUCCUUAUUGCACUAGGCAAUCUAAAUGUUCUAUUCCGUCUUCUCCUACCUUACCCUGUUACACCCACAUCUUUCUCUGCUCCUUGGACUUCUAUCCCCUCUUUCCUCCUCACAAUAAAACCUUUAUUUCUCACACCUCCCCACCAACUCACCUCCAGAAACUCUUGAAGACAUACAAGACUUCCUAAACAUGACCCAAGGGAAUGCUCUGCUCCCUUAUCCAACAUUGAAAUCAUUUGCUAAUAUCUAUCCCCUCCUCUUCAGGUUCCCCAAAACCCCUCUUCCUCCCACUCUCCCUCAAAAUAGCCCAUCCUCUCCUCCAUGUGCACCACCAUUCCCUCUGUUUUCCCCAUUAUUCUUACCACUCCCACCUGGAUGCUCAUGUGGCUCCCUUAUAUUGCAACAGUGUUCUUCUCUGGAUCCCUACUCUCCUGACAUUCUUCUUGAUAUCCACCAUCUUCUCUUGAUCCCUGGUCUCAUUCUCUGGAUUCUUCUCCUACUUCUCCAACUACUAUUUCUGCCCAUAUUACCCGUUGAUUGUCUCACAAAGGCUCUUUUGCAGUUUUCCUCAUAAAAGUGUUACUCUCCCUUCCUCGGACACAGAUACUCUCCAGUUGAUCUAAUCGCCCUAUACACUUAACCCCUUCCAAUUUUACAAAUCCCUGCUUUACUCCAAUUGCUCUCCCCUCUUUACCCUUUUACAACCAUACUCUCCUGCAGUGCUUUUUCUACCUCACAACAUAGAAAGGUACUACAUAAAUUGUGUGUUAUCAGUGGACGAUUUAGAUACUGGGUUCAGGCUUUUUCUUUCCUUUAGUAUCACUUCAAUUAAGUUUUGCAGCUUAAGUCUUUGACUAUAACAGAUACAUGUGGAACACCCUUUUGUGAUAUUUAUGAAAAUAUAUGAAACAUGUUAAAUAAAAUGAUAUUGUCAUUCUUCAUAACUUUCUCUUAAUUUGUGAUAAUUUAUUCAAUGACAUUUAAUUUUAAUGUACAUUUACUAUUUAUUUUCUCUGUCUCAAUAGCAGAGUAUGUGAUGCAAAUAAUAUUUGUUGUAGUCAAUGUUUCACUAUAAAUACCACACAGGAGAAGGAAUAAUCAUGUCUGGUCAUGUACACUUCAUGUAAAUAGUAUAAUUUUCAUAGAAAGAAGAAGGUAAUUAUUCUUUUGUUGUAACCUUUCUGGUAUGAAGGUUUGUAGAUCACAAUGUAUGUAAAGAGUUAAGGGUAGACAGGCACAAAGAGUUUAGGCAAUAAUUGUGUAUUUAAUUUGACCAAAAACUUCAGUUGUGUUUCACAGCAGUUAUUCUGUACAUAUGAGAUAUGGAAAGAAGGCUUAUUUUUUUUUCAAAUACAUCGCACAUAAUAUAAAAAAAAUACUAUAGACAAAAUCAAUUCCUUGAAAUAUUCAUGUCUAUGUUAUGCAGACAGGGAUAAAAUACAUUUACAUAUCUGUAUCAGCUUGUUUGUACUGACUUAUGAAUUUGUCACCAGUAUUAUGGUUGUGCAUUUUUAUAUUAAUAUUUUUUCUAAAUCAUAUGGCCAAGGUCCCCUUCAUAAGAGCUGGAGAUUUUUCAGAAAUGUCAUACAGUUUACAUAUCUAUGUAAGUGGCAUCAUCUCCUUGUGACCAUACUUUAUGAGGCAGUGAUAUCUUGUUUGCCAGUGAUACUAAUUAAUUAACCAUAGUAUACUGUGUUCAUAAAUAAAUGCUUAUAAAAAGUUUGAUAUGGUGAUAUCCAAUUAAUAAUCUGUUUGGAUUGCAGUAUAUAUAUGUGUGCGCGUGUGCGUGUGCGUGUGCGUGUGCGUGUUUGUGUGUGUGUGUGUGUACGUGUGCGCGCGUAUGUGUUUACUGUUUAGGCAAUUAUCUUCCAUUUCAAAGCUUCCUGUUGCUUGUGCUGCAUGGAUUCAUAUGCAAGGAUGUUUUUAUUGCUCAAUUUAUGGUGUUAAGUGUUUAUUUAAAUUCUUAAUUACACACCAGGUCAUGGAUUGCCUACAUUCUAAUGUUUGUUAUUGGUGGGAUUUCCCAUUGCACUUAUUUGUCUAACGGCAUAUGUAUUUUUACAUUUUAGGAUCUUUGUUAUGAAAGAUACGUCAUCUUGUUUGUAUAAAGGAAUAUCAUUGUUAAAAAUAGUGAAAUGCCAUCAUAUAAAUAAAAAGAAAAGCUUA